UGCAAGCCGCUAGCUCGCUGUGAGUUUCGCUUUCUGCUCCGGCUUGUUUAUAGCAGCUGACUUCGCCCAGGCUCAGUUCUCUUGGCCUGCCAGCGCUCCCGCCCGCCAGCCAGCCAUGUCUCAAUUGCUGAGAGCGUCUUCCGUCCCUUCCCUAGUCGGCUUGGAAGAGGAGCUGACUUGCUCCAUCUGCUUGUGUGUCUUCGAGAGCCCGGUGACCACCCCGUGCGGGCACAACUUCUGCUUGUCUUGCCUAGAGAUGACGUGGGGCGCGCUCCUGCGGAAUUUCAGCUGCCCCCAGUGCAGGAGCAACUUCGACAGCCGGCCGGUGCUGAAGAAGAACACGGUGCUGUGCCGGGUGGUGGAGGAGUUCAAGAGCAGCCACGGCGGCGGUCCUUCCAAGGAGGCUCAGCAAGCGAAGGAGUGGACCAGUACUAGCUGCAAGAGCAGCAGCGGCAACAGCACCCCAGCAGUGGCCUGUGAUAGUUGCCUGGAGGCGGCGGCGGCCAAGACCUGCCUCACCUGCAUGGCCUCGUUCUGCCUGGAACACCUGAGGCCUCACCUGGAGAGCCCGGCCUUCAGGAGCCACGAGCUGGUCUUGCCCGUGAAGGACCUGCAGCAGAGGAAGUGCCACGCUCACAACAAGCUGCUCGAGUUCUACUGCAAGGAGCACGCCAGCUGCAUCUGCUGCUUCUGCCUGGUCACACACAAGAUGUGUGCCACCAUCCCCAUGCAGGAAGCCAAGGAAGAGAAGGAGUCGCAACUGAAGCAAAGGCUGACGGAGCUCUACACUCUGAAUGAGAAGGCUUCGCAAUCCUUGGACCAAGUACGGGUGCAGCAAAAACAAAUCAGUGAAACAGUCAGUCGAAAGUUGGACUUGCUGAAGUCAGAAUUCCUGGAAAUGUUAGCUUUAAUUGAAGAAGAAGAAAAAGAAGCUGUAAAUAAAGUCUUGACAGAAGAAAAAAGGGUCCAAGAUAAAUAUGAUUUUGUCUAUAAAGUUCUGGGUAAGAAGAAAAAUGAAAUUCAAGGGGAAAGAGACCGAAUUGAAAUGGCGUUGACAGAAGAUGAUGACAUCACGUUUUUAAAGAAUGCAGCGAAACUGCGGCAAUUGCCCUACAAAGACAUAUUCAUUCCCAAAAUUGAUUUGGACCAAAACUUGAUACAUACCGUUUAUCAAAAAGCCUUUGGCCUCAAAGAAAGUGUGAAACAUUUUUUGUCUCAGCGUCAAGAGAAGAAAACAGAAGGAAGCAUACAAUUGAAAUCCAAGCCACAGACCCAGUCCUCACAGCCAGGAAAAAAGAAUGCUGCCUCAAAUGCUUCAAAGGGUGAUGAUCAGCCAUCGAAUUCAACACAGGACAAGGUUGUGGAUGAGGUGGAGCCUGUUGCUGCUGCUGCAGAACACAAGCAAAGAAGGCGACCUGCUAAACGCUCACAAAGUCCCAGCCAGAGAGCAAGAAGUUCCAGCAGGACUCAAUCAGUGACUCUUGAAAGCUUUUUAACUAAAUCAAGAGAGGAGCUUUUGCAAUUUACUACAAGAUUCAGUCUGGAUUUCAACACUGCCCAUAAGAAAGUGAUCUUAUCAGAGAGAAACACCAAAAUAUCUGUGUCAGAAACCCCCCAGAACUACCACCACCACCCUCAACGCUUCACCUACUGUUCCCAAGUGGUGGCCUUCCAGUGUUUCAAGAGGGGCAUCCAUUACUGGGAAGUGGAACUGGAGCACAACAAUUUCUGUGGGAUUGGCAUCUGCUAUGGGAGCAUGGCCAGGCAGGGAGCGGAAAGCCGCCUGGGGCGCAAUGACUGCUCAUGGUGCAUUGAGUGGUUCAACGCCAAAGUCUCGGCCUGGCACAACGACAUCGAAAAGUGCCUGCCCAACACCAAGGUGAAGAAGAUCGGGGUCCUGCUGAAUUACGAGGGUGGCUUCCUGAUUUUCUUUGGCAUCAGUGAAAAAGUCACCCUGCUCUACAAAUUCCGAUCGCAGUUCACGGAAGCCCUUUAUCCUGCAUUCUGGGUGUUCUCUAGUGGAACCACCAUCUCCCUCUGCCAAUUGAAUUGAAGGAAUGGGCCACGUGACCAUUUGCUCACACGCAAAGCAUCCCCAUGCUUACAACCUCCCCCCCCCUCCCUUGCCAGUAUUAGAAUCUAGUUCUGUGCAUAGUUUUCUUGUUGAUUUCAAAACCAAGUUGCGUGUUUGGAAUCUUCCUGCUUGCUUUUUGAUAAUUUCCAGGGCUAAAGGACCACAGUCCACCAAGAAUCUCUUGCACAAGGCUCAUUGAAAUGUCCUUUGGGUGAGUUGCCCGUGGAAUUCAUGGUGGACUGCAGCCAUCGGGCAUACUGUGCACCUGGCUCACUGUGCACUCUAAGCCCCCUUGCAGAUGGGACAAGUGAGGUCAUGUCCAAGUAGAAGCUUCCUUUGCUUCUACUCCAAUGGAUGCCUCAGCACGCAACCAGAAGAGCAGAGCACAUAAUGCAUGAUGCUUUCUAUGCUCUUGUUGCUGCCUCUCCCACGUGGGCUGCGCAGUUCACAAUUCUUUGCAUCUGGGGUGUGGACACAGGCAAGGGAUCUGUGUGGGACAGAUCUGGAGUCUCACAGUCACACUCGCACUGUCUCACUUGUACAGAUCAGUUUUCGAAACAGGUUUUUUAGAACUUGUUUUGAUGCUUGUGCAGUGAACUGCAAGGGACUUUUGGUUUUGAUAAAUGAGUACAUAAGCUGCAGGCGCACAGGAGGUGGCGGGAAAUUUCUGCUCUUGUAUCAAAUACUGCUGAUCUUACUAUUGAAAAGCAGGGCAGGUAACACUUGGAAAGUGCUGCUGGAGGGAAGAAGAACACUUCUGAAAAGGUAAAACAUUGGAUUCUGGAAUCUCUUCUAACUUACAGUGUUACAAAGGACCCCGCCUUUUUUCUUCUUCAAAUGCUUUGAAGGCAGUUCUUCUUAGUAUCUGAAGAUGUUGAAAAGUCCCUCUUGUGCCACAUGAUAAACCCUUCUUAGCUCAAUUCAGUUAAUCAAAGCUACAGUCGUGUGAAAAAGGAAGUUUUCACAGACAGUGAAAAGUACUUACUUUUUCUCACAUGGCUUCUCCGUUUUGGUUUUAUUUCUGUUAAAUAAAUCAUGGCACGGUGUAAUAUGUCAUGUGUUGUUGUUCAUCUGAGGUUGUAUUUACCUAAUUUUUAGACCUGCUAAGGAACAGAUGAUUGUUAUUAUGUCCUGAUAUGUAAAAUCAUACAAUUCCAAGAGGGUGUACUUUCUUUUUCACACGACUGUAUGCAGACUUAAGAAGUUGGAGCUAUAGAGGGCUUUGAACAAUCUUCAGCCUGCAAAGGAGGGGAAAGAGAUCAUUGUGUGGAUGUGCUUCUCAGACCGACCUUUGCUGAAAGGGAGUCACUGGGGUGGGAGGACCCACUAUUAUCCUAACCACUCUAUUUUAAACUCCUUCACGUGGUUGAUAGCUUGGGAGGAAGAUGUUCACUUUCUCCUCCUGAUGUUUCAGUCUUCACUGUGAUACUUGCAGCUGUUUAGGUGUCCGGAGGAGACUGCGGGUGGGAAUUGAGAAAGUUUCAGGCCAGUCUUGUAGCUUGAACCUUCUACUAGCCACAGUUGGGAGGUGGAUCCAUCCCUCUCGCUUGUUGCCUGCAGUUCUCCAAGUGUGUUCUUUGAGAGUAUUUGGCUGUGGAACCAAAUGCUUAAAAGAUUACUUGUGUGACUUCCAAGAAGUGUGAAGAACCAAUCAGUGUGCCCAGUUUAAUCAAGCUAUACUUCCCAGCUGCUAUUUCAAACUUAAUGUGUGAAUUGCCUUUUUUUUAAAAAAAAAAUGGUAGCAAUCUGGGAAGGACUUGAGAAAGUUGGAAGUCUAAAGUCUUAUUGGACAACAUUUUUAGCCUUUCUGUGGGUUUAAUUUUUCUCUGGAACCUGGUACAGCAUGGUUCUAAUAGUUCUGCAUCCUGGUUGCUGAAGGAACUUAGUUGUUCUUCCUUAAUCGGUAAAGAGUGGCAGACAGGCACUGCUAAGGUCUUAUGAGUACCUUGUAUGCUGCACACUAGUAGACAACAAGAGCUGUCUUCUUGUUCUUGGACCAGAACAUACAGAACUGGAGAGAUGCUUGGCCCAAACGUGGUGGCUUAAGAAGUUCUCCAGUUUAGGAAUCUCACAUGCUAUAAAGUGUAGGGUAGCGCCUAUAUUCUGGUUGAGGUGAAAUGAACUGAGGAAUGUCAGUGAUUUCAACUUGAGCAGAGAUCUCUGGAGCAAGUUUGAGAUGAAAGCAAAGCAUGACUACCACAAGCUGGUUCAUGUAUUUAAAGUGAGAAACAAGCCAUAGGUUUCUUCCUAUGGUUGAACAAAGGGCCCAGUCUUAGGACACUAUUGGGAAAGAAGUACUGUACAAAAAUGUAAGUUUUGCCUUCUUGAUGUGUCUUGAGCUACCUGUGCUUUUGCACCAAAUGACUUUAACAUUGCUGAAAUCUGAAGACGUACGUUACUAAGACCUUGGGGAAAUGCUGUGCUUGGCUUAUCAAAAUGCAAUAGUCAUUGCAAAAAAAGCCACAAGAUUAUUCCACGGGUAAUUCAGGAAAGCGACAUAAAAAUAAGGGCCACGUUGAAACAGCACAGUUAAAAACAGUAAGCUGCACUGUUGACAUGAAGCAAACAACAGUAAGCCAUGAUUGAGGUCUUGUUGGUUUCAUCUGUGAGAAUUGUUCGUAUGAAGGUCUAAUAGAUUCUUUUCCAAUGCAGCAAACCUCUUUAAUAUUCAAAAACUCGAGGGUAAGAUUUAUCCCAUAAUGAGCCUUGCAUAUUUGUAGUAAGAUCUGGAUACUUCUCCCUUUAUGAAGAAAGUUUUGUGUGUGUCUUGUUUCCUGAUAAGGCCUACUACAGUUUAGUAGUAAUGCUCUUUGGACUAUGUUCCCCCCAAAUGGAGUUUCAUUUCCUAUUCUAGGCAUUCUUAUUACAAAUGAUAAUUGGGAUUUAGAUGCAUUUUGCCAUAUGCUUAAAAGAAAUCCCACAAGAUACAAAGCACAGUGGAUCCAGUCUCCCUUACUCAAAUUUUGUGUGAUCUGGGAUAUGUUCACUAUGGUGACUUAGCUGGCAUCCACGUGCCUUUGUGCUGUGAUUACGGUGUAUGUUCCUGAUCAGAACUGAAGUCUUAAUGAUUACAGUGGAAUGGUUCUCUUAAAGAUUUUGAAAUAUCUUCAUGAUCCCUUGGGAAUCUUGCUGUCCUUAUAUAGAUAAGCUAGAUUUAUCUUAAGUGCUUUAGUCUUUAGCCUGGCACAAUAUUGUCCAUUGUCUAAACAUUGAUGUUUUUAGAGAAAUAAUUAAAAGAUAACCUAUUUCUUUUUACAUUGCAAACAAGCCUUGCUACUCAGCCAAGAAUAGCAUUGAUGAAAUCUCAUGGCAAGAUGGGAGGUGGAAUAUUAUUGGGUAUGGUUGAGCCAAAGUCAAGGAUAUUGUAUCCUAUUGGUUUUGGUGGGAAGGGGGUCAACCCUCAUGCGUUGCCUUUGAAAUCAGUUGUUCUUCGGUUCAGUAAGUACCCAUUACUAAAAACAACAACAAUGUUUUCCUCAUGGCUGUGUUUGCAUGGAUACAUAUUAAGCUCUAUUACAGUGAUCUAGCAUGUAGAUUAACAGUCUCUGCCAAGCUUUUUCAGUGUCUGAAAUGAUCUGAAAGCAAUCUUCGUAUAAGCAAAGCUUCUGGAAAAUGGUUUCAGUUCACAUCGAGGUUCGUGUUGAACCACUAAGCAGAAAAAUGUUUAAAAGUUCAAAUGGCGACACCUAGCUGCUUCACUGUGGCAUCUUGAAAAUUACAUAUGCAGAACAUGCAGUGAGCGUUUCUACUUCCUGUUGUGAAUAACACUGAUCCAUGGGCUGCUUUACGAAGUAGAGAUUAAAAACAAAUGCAGGUUUUGCCACUUUUGCUAAGCUCUUGUCCUCGCUUUGAUUCAGUGUGUAAUUGGCCUGUUGCCAUCUCAAGACUAUGUCGGAUGUAAUGUUGUGAUGUAACCAAGACUACCUAGCCUGGUCUUGCAGUGGAUCAAGACUUGUUAUGUGACAAUUCAAUAAAGUUUGAUUAUGAUCGUU